AUGAACCGCAUGCUGUACGACAGGCAUCCCACCGUAGUCAUCUUCUUUCUUGCCAUGCUCGUCGGGGGCGAGUACCUGUUCCUCCCAGCGGCCUGGCCUUCCAUGGGCUGGUUCACCAAGCUGACCGCCCUCGUCGCCGUGGCCCUGCCGUACACCUUCCUCUACCUUGCCUACUACAGCGACCCGGGCUUCGUCACACCCGAGACGCACGCCUACUACAUGUCGCUGUACCCCUACGACCACGCGCUCUUUCACCCGGGUCGCUACUGCGAGACGUGCCGGCUACUCAAGCCCGCGCGCUCCAAGCACUGCAGCAUCUGCAAGCGCUGCGUCGCCAAGGCCGACCACCACUGCGUCUUCAUCAACCUCUGCGUAGGCUACGGCAACCACCACUGGUUCCUCGCGCUCCUCCUCUCCACCGCCACCCUCACGGCCUACGGUGGCCUCCUCGGGCUCUCCAUCCUCUCGGGCGUCGUCCGCGCCCGCUUCCCCGGCUGGUCCGUCUGGCCGCCGCCCGGCUACGGCUUCAACCGCUACCUCGUUGCCUGGAGCUGGGCCGUGCAGCGCGACGUCGGCCUCGGCGCCACGACCCUCCUCGCCGCCCUCACCUCGCCGCUCGUCUGGGCGCUGCUCUUCUACACGCUCUACCACGUCUACUGCGGCACCACCACCAACGAGUCCCUCAAGUGGUCCGAGAUGGCCGAGGACAUGGCCGACGGGUAUGCGUUUACCCGGCCGAUGCGGCGUGAUCGUGAGAGGGACUUUGGUACGGAGCCCUCCUGUUCCCGCUGGCCCGUCGAGCCUGCGAUGGCCGUUGUUGCAACAUCCGACGGCCAGCCGCCUGUGGUUCGGGAGGGGAUGCCGCCUCUCGCUGGGGAGGGAGAUUGGCAGAGGGUAUGGAAACUGAAAAAUGUAGAAAACAUGUACGAUCUGGGUUUCAGAGACAACCUGGCAGACAUAUUCGUUCAAGAGUAUGCUUUCGGCAAAUUGCGCGAAGAGCUACCUUUCAAGAGUCCCCGUCGAAACUGA